CUUGGUGUCGUUUAGGGUUUCGAAUAACCAACUGCUUGUCGUUUUAACUCUAGACUGGACCGAGUUCGCUACCUUCGUCUCGCCUUCGGCCUUUUUCUGGUUCUUCACUUCUUCUGACGAGAUUCGCUUUUACCAGAGAGAGAGAGAGAUGAGAAUGACAUUUUUGAGUUAUCUGAAGCAAUGGCGUGGAACAGCGAAAGAAGCAUUCGAGAAUGUAUCAAUCGUCGCCAAGUUUCUCUGUUUGCUUCAUGUCACCGAUCGAUACAUAAUCUCCACGACCCACGUUCACGGGCCGAGCAUGCUUCCGACGCUUAAUCUAACCGGCGAUGUAAUAUUGGCGGAACAUUUAUCACACCGGUUUGGUAAGAUUGGACUCGGUGACGUUGUAUUGGUUCGAUCUCCUAGAGACCCAAAAAGGAUGGUGACAAAGCGAAUCUUGGGUUUAGAAGGCGAUAGACUCACUUUUUCUGCUGACCCAUUGGUCGGUGAUGCUUCAGUGAGCGUUUUGGUUCCGAAAGGUCAUGUUUGGAUUCAGGGAGAUAACUUGUAUGCUUCAACUGAUUCACGUCAUUUUGGGCCUGUACCUUACAGUCUCAUUGAAGGAAAAGCUCUUCUACGGGUCUGGCCACCAGAAUACUUUGGGUCAUUGAGAUGACGAUUAUAUACACAUACACAUUCAGGUAAUCAGGUUGUCUGCCUACUGUAUACGUCAAGAGAUCACUCCAACGAUUUUGUUGCACUGUAACUCAUGCGAGUAAUGUAUCAUUCAUGUGGGAUAAGCAUUUUCGUCUACUCUCCUUUUUGGCAGUAAUAGAAGAAAAGCCAUGGUCCUGAUAUUGUUUCUGAAACCCGAACUUCAAUAUCAAAUGUUAAGAUUCAUAUUGUUGGUAUCGAAAAAGCUGGUGCGUUAUGGGAUGAUAAUUGUGUCCUUGAUACAAAGUUUUAUAGAUGUUUUGAUUCAUUUGGGGGACUCAAGCCAAUUGUUCAAUGUUCACCAAAAAA